AGAGUCAAAGCACCCGUAUUUUGAGCUGCAUUCAAAGCAAUUAGGGGCUGGGAUUAAACAAACACCCAACACCAGCAUCCUCAGCAGAAGGAGUUAUUAUCCUGCUUGGCUGGGGCGUGGAGCUGUGCUGAGGCCGGGUUGUCCCACGGUACACAUCUCCCUGCUCUUUGCAGUCAGGUCCAGCGGGGAGGCACAGCCUGCAUGCAGCAGGAAUGGGAGCCCUGAGGUGGCUUUUCUGGGCUGGGCUGGGCUACCUGAGCUGCUGCUGUCCCCCACAGGUACAGGCACAGUUUCCCCGUGCCUGCAUGACGGUGGAAGCCCUUCGCCUGAAACGCUGCUGCCCGGCCUUGGGGACAGAGCCAGGCAAUAUCUGUGGGUCCCUGCAGGGCAGGGGACGGUGUGAGGGGGUGCUGGCAGACACUCAGCCCUGGAGUGGCCCCUACACUCUCCAAAAUGUGGAUGACCGUGAAUGGUGGCCCCUCAAGUUCUUCAACCACAGCUGUCAGUGCACAGGAAACUUUGCUGGGUACAACUGUGGUGAAUGCAAGUUUGGCUGGACCGGCCCUGAAUGCAACAGGAGGAAGCCAGCAGUUGUCAGGAAGGACAUCCAUGCCCUGACAGCAGAGGAGAGAGAGCAGUUCUUUGAUGCUCUAGACCGUGCCAAGACAGCCAUUCACCCUGACUAUGUCAUUGCAACUCAGCACUGGAGAAGUCUGCUUGGUCCAAGCGGAGAGGAACCGCAGAUUGCCAAUUGCAGUAUUUAUAACUACUUCGUUUGGCUUCAUUACUACUCAGUCAGAGACACGCUCUUGGGUCCUGGCCGCCCCUUCAAAGGUAUUGAUUUCUCCCACCAAGGACCUGCCUUUGUUACUUGGCAUAGGUACCACCUGCUGUGGCUGGAGAGGGAACUGCAGCGCCUGAUGGGCAAUGAGUCCUUUGCGCUGCCAUACUGGAACUUCGCCACGGGCAGGAACGAGUGUGACGUCUGCACGGACCAGCUCUUUGGAGCACCGCGGCCCGAUGACCCGGGCUUGAUCAACCUCAGCUCCAGGUUUUCCCGGUGGCAAGUAGUUUGUAACAGUUUGGAUGACUACAACCGCCUGGUCACACUGUGCAAUGGCACUGAUGAGGGACCACUGCGGCGGAGGCCGCCCCAUGGCUCCAGUGAGCAGCUACCCACCGUGGAAGAUGUCAGGAGGUGCCUUUCCCUGCAGGAGUUCGACAGACCCCCCUUUUUCCGCAAUUCCAGUUUCAGUUUCAGGAAUGCGCUGGAGGGCUUUGAUAAACCAGAUGGAGCCCUUGACUCGCCGAUGCUGAGCCUUCAUAAUUUGGUUCACUCUUUCCUGAAUGGGACCAGUGCUCUCCCUCAUGCAGCUGCCAAUGAUCCCAUCUUUGUGGUUCUUCACUCCUUUACUGAUGCCAUCUUUGAUGAGUGGAUGAAGCGUUUCAAGCCCCCUGACAACGCUUGGCCUGAGGAGCUGGCCCCCAUCGGGCACAACCGCCUGUAUAACAUGGUCCCUUUUUUCCCUCCGGUGACCAACCAGGAGCUCUUCCAAACUGCAGAGCAGCUUGGCUACACCUAUGCCAUCGACCUGCCAGAUUCCCUUGACGAAACCCAAGCAUGGGCUGUCAUGGUCGGAUCCACAAUUGGAGGAGUACUUACAGCUCUGGCCGUGCUUGUUCUGCUGCUUGUGCUUUUCCAGCACCGAAGGCACAGAAGAGGUUUUGAACCCCUGAUGAAUGUGAGCUUCAGCCCCAAGAAGUACAUGGGAGAGGCCUAGUACCCUCACUUUCUUUGCUUGCUCUUGUAGGGAGUGACCUUGAUUGCCUUAAUGGUAUCUUAGCUGAGACUUUAUCACACACUCCUUUGGCAGCUGACUAAAUUGUUCUCAUUCAGGUUUUUCCCGUUAUCUUGUGAAUUGUAAUGCGUGAAGUCUCUGGGUACAUAUGAGAAAGGCCCAAGUCAGGCUAGAUUUUUCUCAUUACUAAAUGUUAUCUGGAGUGUGUGACACUUGUAAAUCAUCCUCUAGAGAUUUAGAUCAAAGCAGCUGAGAAUCCAAAUAGGAGAAAACCAACUUGAAUAACCAAGAUAAUUUUUCACCUCAAUGUGUUCUUGAUUUCAUUUAGCAGCAUUAAAAUGUGCUGAAAGUUAUUAAUUCUACAUGUAUAUUUAAGUAAUACAUUAUUUUAUAGUUAUCAAUAAAUACUCUGAAUAACACAGUCUUAAGGUUCAAAAUGUUUCAUGCAGUUUGACAAAAUAUAGGAACACCCUGGUUACAGUUUAUUUCAGAAGCAUGAUCAAUUUUGUAUGUUAUUUCCAACAAAAUUGAUAGCAAUAGGUAAACUCCAAAACUCCAACUCCUAACAUUUAAGACCAGGAGUUUCCUGAUACCUAGAUAUACACUUGUGUUUUACCUCUGUGUUAGGGACCUUGGGCAGAAGUUGAAAGUGGGACUUAACUUUUUUGUCUCUGAUGCGCUGUUCUAUGAAUCUAGACACAAACAUCCAAAUUUCCAAAGUCUAGGAUGCAGGACUCAAGGUAACAAUUAUAAGAUAGCUUGCAUUACUCAGGUGGCAGGUGGGGAAUCAGGUUUGGAUAUGGCAGUUGUUAGACCCCAUCCUAAACAUUCCUUUAUACAUUCCCUAUAUAUUUCUUUAUUUAGACAGAGAUUUGAAACCCAUUUGUGUGCCCUCUGGUGUUAUCUUAGAACACGUUUUUUUAUAUAGCAAAUGACAUCUUGAACAGAUCCUGUCAGCUUUGGUGCUUGAUAUAUUACAUUAAUGGAGUAUUCAGACUUUGUGUAUUGUGAGGUCUUGAGUCUUAUAAAACCUUUGCUUUUUUAGCCUUGAAUAAAAAAAUUAAGUUAGUAAAAUUUU